UAGGAGCUAUCGUAGUUCUCUUAAAAACGUGUGUGUUGAAGGUGUUGAAGAAAAAGCAAAAAAUAUAUCGAAGCAUGGCCCGAUCAAAAAGGAGAUUUCGAGGAGGUGGCACUGGUCAGAAGAAAAAGAGAAGGAAAAUAAGUCUAGAGAAGAUCAGCAAAUGGAACAAGGAGCGCAUUGAACGAGAAAAACUGCGAUAUGCAAAGAAAGAGGAAACUCAAGAAUACAAGACAGCUGGACCAUCCACAGCAUUUCAAGAGGAAUCGUCUUCUUCUGAUGAGGAAGAUCAACAGACGAUGACCCCUUAUCAAGAGCUGCUUGCUAAUUUGGGUGCUGAUGUGGCAGAGGAUGAUGAUCUGUCGGAUGAGGAGGAUUCUGAAAGUGAAAUUGGAGAUGAGGAAGGAGCCAUUGGUGAAGAUGGUGUCAACGAUGAUGAGGUUGAUGAUGAUGAUGACAGCGACCUUGAAGAUGAUGAUGACGGCGCCAUCGAAGAUGAUGACGACAGCGCCAUCGAAGAUGAUGAUGAUGACAGCGACAUCGAGGAUGAAGAGGACAAUGAUGAAGAAAUUGGGGAAGUUCAAACUGGAGAGAAUGGAUUAUCAAGAAAAGGAGAUGGUGACAGCAAUGGAGGAGAGGAGGGAGAAGAGGAGGAGGUGGGGGAAGAGGAAGAGGAAGGAGGAGAAGAUGAAGAGGAACUUGCAUCAUCUAGUGAAUUAGAUGAUGAUGACGAUGGCAGUGACGAUGGAAAAGACGACGAUCAAGGACAAGUACACAAAGAUCCAUUCUAUAAAAGGAUCAACUAUGAACUCAGUGAAGACGUCAUCAGCAAGUUCGGUAAAGGGAGGCCAUGUAACGUAUUUGAAGAAAAGUGGCCACGCUUGGGUAAACUCUCCUGUUUUUGUUACGAUGAUGUAUCUCGAGAUGAAAUGAAGUUAUCCAAGGAGACUGACUUCAAGUCUCUCCAUGUCCCCAAACGAGUAUCUAGUUCUUGGAAAGAAGCCAAUAAGGGUUACAUUGAAGCAGGCUCGGAGGCUAAUCUAUCGCGUCUCCAACAAGAACUCUUCUCCAUUAUGAAUUCUUAUCAGGAUCUUGUUUAUCCUGAGAGGAACUACCAGAAUGAAGAGGAGGUUAGGCUGGUGUAUUGUCUCCAUGUACUCAGUUACAUUAUCAAAUCCAGGAAUGUUGUCCUGAAACACAACCAGAUGUUGACAGCAAAUCCAGAUCUUGAUACAGAGUCCAUGAGGGAUCGGGGUCUGACCAGACCAAGGGUCCUGAUCCUAGUCCCGUUCAGAAGCUCGGCCCUGGAGGUCAUCAAGACCAUGGCCAAGAUCCUGGUCCCAUCGAACCAGAGCAUGAGCCACCGCAAGAGGUUCUUUGAUGAAUACGGAGCCGAAGAUCGGAGACCGUCCAAGUUUCCCAAACCAGAGGACUGGGAAGCUACGUUCAAAGGAAACAAUGACGAUCACUUCAGAAUGGGCGUUUCCAUCACAAGAAAGAGUUUCAAACUCUACUCCACCUUCUACUCGGCCGAUAUCAUCAUUGCUUCUCCACUGGGACUCCGGACAGUCAUUGGGGCAAAAGGAGAGAACCAUCACGAAUAUGACUUCCUGUCGUCUAUCGAGCUGCUGGUCAUGGACCAAACAGACGUCUUCCUCAUGCAGAACUGGGAACAUAUCACGCACAUCAUGGAUCACUUACAUCUUCAGCCCAAGGAUUCUCAUGAUGUAGACUUCUCCAGAGUUAGAAUGUGGGCCCUCAACAAAUGGAACAAGUACUACAGGCAAACCCUGAUCUUCAGCAACAUCAAUACACCUGAAAUCAAUGCUCUUGCCAGCAAACACUGCUCAAAUAUGGCAGGCAGAGUGUUAGUAAACAAUGUGCCUUCCCUCGGUAGCAUUGGUCAAGUGGCUGUCCAAUUACCUCAGGUUUUCCACAAGGUAGAAUGCGACAGCUUCGCUUCAUCACAUGAGAAGAGAUUUCAAUUCUUCAUCUCAAAGAUCCUUCCCCAAUAUCGAGAAUCUCUGAUGUCAGGGACCAUGAUCUACAUUCCCUCUUACUUUGACUUUGUUCGUGUUAGAAACUACUUCCGCAAACAGGAGAUCAACUUUGCACAAAUUUGCGAAUACACCAGUCAGUCUAACAUCUCCAGGGCGAGACAUUAUAUGAGGGAAGGAACACGUCAUACUCUAAUCAUAACUGAGAGGCUUCAUUUCUUCAGAAGGUUCAAGCUCCGCGGGAUACACCACAUCAUAUUCUACCAGCUUCCCACCUACCCCCACUACUACAGCGAGCUGUGCAACAUGCUGGAGACGCCAACAACAGAGGGCGCUAUGAAGGAGCACACCUGCAGCGUACUGUACUCCAAGUACGACGCCCUUCGGUUGGGUCCUGUGGUAGGACUGAAGCGAAAUACUCAGAUGAUGAACUCCGAGAAGAACGUCCACAUGUUUGUCUCUGAAGAUGUCUGAUUGUUUUAUAGGGAUAGACCAGAGAACAGAAGGUGCAAUAUAAGGAAAUACCUGCUAUGCUCUGCUCUGAUUAUAUAUGUUGGUCUUUGGAUGGAGCCAAGCUGGUGGUUGGUAUCAAAGGCAACACCGAAUUUGGAGAAGAGUGUCCACAUCUUAGUGUCAAGAGAUGCUAGUGGUUGGAAUCAAAGGCAGAACUGAACUUGGAGGACAGUGUCUACAUCUUAGUGUCAAGAGAUGCUAGUGAUUGGCAUCAAAGGCAGCACUUUACUUGGAGAAGAGUAUCCGCAUCUUUGUGUCAAGAGAUGCCACUGGUUGGCAUCAAAGGCAACACUGAAAUUGGAGAAGAGUGUCUGUGUCAGAGGGUCAACAGAUGCCAGUGGUUGGAAUCAAAGGCAACACUGGACUUGAAGAAGAGUAUCCGUAUCUUAGUGUCAAGAGAUACCACUGGUUAGUGUCAAAGGCAACACUGAACGUGGAGGACAGUGGCUGCAUCUUAGUGUCAAGAGAAUGCCAGUGGUUGGUAUCGAAUUCAACUCAACUAGGAGUUGAAUGUUCUCAUCUCUUUUUGAGAAUAUGCAAGUUUAACCCCUAAGCAUGAUUCAUAUUAUGAGCUGUGAGAAGAAUGUCCAUAUCCUAGUGUCUGAUAAGGUACCUUACUGAGAGAGAAGAUAUCUGAUUAUCUUGGGUGUCUUCUGGGGAGCGUUUCAUGAAAGGACUUGUCGGACAUUUUAUCCGACAAGUACUGUUUUAUCCGACAGCUACUAUGGUAACAGUGACUCUCAUCCAAUCAUUAUCAAGGAAAGUUGUCAGAUCUGACAACUUGUCGGACGAAAAUGUUGAUGAAACGCCCCCCAGAUCCUGGUUUUGUUUGGGGGUGGUCAGGUGCCACGUAAUUGCUGUAAUAUAUCAGGUAAAUAAUGUUUUUUUCAGAUUCAGGUAUUUUCUCAUUGUCUCACCUGCAUAGCAGAAGUGAGAGCAGUGCCGGUUUUCAUGAUGAGGGCAGCAUCAUUAAUUUACUUCAAAUUCAGUUAAUAUUUUCUCCUGAUGGUGCACACUGGACACUCCCAUUAAGGUUUGUGCACAGUGCGGCACAUAUCGAAAAAAAAUCUUCUUUGCACUGCAUGUCCAAUAACACUUGUAGUUCUGCGUGUUUCUUAUAUCAAGUUGGCUUCCCACAAGAAAGGACUUAGUGGUUAUUUUUAUGAUUGUAUUUUUUUAUUAUUCCCUUUUUUGAUUUGAUGAUAUUUUGAGUGAUACUUGAAAUUUAGAAUCAACCUUUACAUCAUUGGAUAGCCUACAAUGUGCUCUUUCAAUAUUUGAAAUAAAAAAAAAUCGUGAAAAUUACCCCAAGUCCCUUUCUUGCGGGAGCCAGCAAUAAUGUUUCCUCCUUAUUUAAAAAAAAUAUCAAAUCCAAUUAUUUUUUUGUAUUCCUUGAAUCUUGUAUGAAGAUAAUUGUGUCAAGUUCAUGCUGCCACUUUGAGAAUUCAUAAUUUUGUAUGAAUAUGUUAUCAAAUUUCAGGAUUUAAAUUCAAUUAUUUCCAUUGCCAGGAUGCUUUUCUAAAUGACCCACUUUUCUAUUACUGCAUAAAUUUGUAAAAUUGAAAGGAAUAUAAAAAAGUUUCAAGCCCAAUGAAAGAGGCUUUUGGUCCAAUCAGCAGGACCAUGGCAAUAGUUAUCUUAGAUUAAUUCAAUAAUUUAUAUUCAAAGAGUAAAUUAAAGUGAGAGCGGAGAGAGUGUAUGAUAUUUUAAUAUCACAAAAUCAACACUGCUGCUAUACUUGAAUUGUGUAAUGCAAGUGAGACUGCCCGGGAUGAAUCACUUGCUUUUCAGGAAAUGCUCAUGAAAUUUAGCACACACAUUUUUUGGCAAUGAAAGAAUAAAAUUUCAUGGUUAUAUUUUGUUGUUGCCGAGAAUAUUUUGUUGAUCUUAGUGAUUGCACACUGAAUAAAGACUAGUCUUCCUCAUGUUUCAAAUAAGUUUAUCAUAAUAGAAAAUAAUAAUUGACGAUAUUUAUGGAGCUUAUUUAUUGUUAAAUAUUUCAUUUUAAAGAUCUCGAUUGUUGCAAAUGAAAAUGUGCUGGUAAUCUAUUAUACAUUUGAUAUUUUCCUUUUGAACAUUGUAAGAAUAAUGUAAUAUGGUUUGCCAAAGAUUAAACCAUGUAAUCAAACAUGGUUGCUAUGUACACUAAUUAUCCUAGGAAGAAAAGUGAACGACACAUGCUGCAUGAUAUGAGUACAGUUUAAUGUGUUUUAUAUUUAUAACAUUUUCAAUAUAUUGAAAUGCAUGAAAAAUACAAUUUUGUGAGCUUGAAGAUAAGCAAAGUAACUAAAUGGACAUCACGUUACCCAUGGUAAAAAAUAGUUGGGGGUUCACACCUAGAUGUUUUAUUAUUUUCUUUCGAAAUGGGUAUUUUACUUCAAUUUUGGUACUCUGAUUUUAAAAUAUUUCUGUGACAGCGAACAUUUCCAGAUUGCCUUGACAGUGGUAGUUGAAGUUCCAUCUUUUUCAUCAGUUUUAAAACUGAUUAAAUUAUCAGUUACUCUGAUUAUAUGCUUAUUUUUAGUACUGUAAUAUAAAUUCAGUAUAAUGAAUUUUGAUGGAAAGAUAUAUGGCAUUUCAUAAAACAUGCAUUCUAUUUUCUCACAAUACUUAUUGCAAUAUACCAAAGUAAAUGGUGUCAAAAGGAGAAAACCAAUUUUGUAUAUUUUUUUUUGUGAGAAAACAAUGAAGUCAGUGACAAUGAAAUGAUUAAAUCACAAUAAAGUACACCUUAUUGGUAUUUGAAUGAUACAUCAAUUGGGUUUUAUGACUGCUGGGUCCCGUCUUACAAAGAGUUGUGAUUCAUCCGAUCAACCUUAAUUCAUCCGAUCAACCUUAAUUAUAUAGAAAUCCAUCAAUAUCAUAAUUGUUCCCACUAGAAAUUUGCACAAUGUCCUUUUGUAAACGAAGAGGGGCAUACUGAAUCGCCAAGAAAACAACGGGCCCCAAGUUGCCCCAAGUUGCGAUUGAUUGCAACUUUUUCUGCGAUUGAUUACAACUCUUUCUGCAAUUGAUUGCAACUCUUUCAGGGGCCCGUUGCAGAAAUAGUUGCAAUCAAUCGCAACUCUAAAAUCAUGCGCAACUUGAUUUUCAACCAAUCAACAGCGCGCAUUUGGGACUUGUGAUUGAUUUUUGGACUUGCGUUUAAACGCAACUCUUUCUGCAACGGACCCCAGGGUCACCAUUGUUGUAUAGAUAUGUUUUUUUUUUAUAGCACAUGUUUCCCUUCCAUUGCCCAUUGAACAGACCAACUCUGAAUCUGUCCAAAUGCAUCGGAUAUCAUUUCUUUACUAUCAAAAUUAAUUCAGGGAAUCAUUAUUUCUAUGUUUUUGAUUGAAAUUUCUUGGGGUUUAUUGUAAAAAGUUAUAUAAAGAUUGAAAUUCCUAAAACAUUAAUGAACAAAUGUGAUUUAAUGACUUUACGUAUUUCAUGUUUUUAAUGUUUGUUGCUUGUAAUGUGCUUAGUGUGCAAGUGAACCAACUACAGUUUUGAGAACAAUAAUGUUAAGUGAUGUAUUGCCCUCAAAACUAAUGUCGUUAUUGUUAACUAUCACCAACUUUUUUUUUUUUCAUUAAGAUAUUAGAAAUUUAAUUUCCCUUUUUUUAAUUGCACCCUGUUCAAUAAUAAAUGAAGUAUUGCAAUAUGUUAAUUUAA